AUGGACCGGUCUCCACUCAACAAGCUGCCCGCUGAGCUCCGCGACCUCAUCUACCACUUCGCUCUGGUUCGAAAUUGUCCAAUCGUACUGUACAUCAGUAAGCGCGAGCACAAGGUCCGCAUUCGAAAGGAGUCCGAGAAGAAGCACGUGAUGGGUCUCAGCAGCACCUGCAAACAGAUCAGGACAGAGAGUCUACCGAUCUUUUACAAAGGCAACCACUUCAAAAUCGCACCAACGGAGAAUCAACUUCUCGAGUCCCCCGAGAGCUCUGUGACCCCGAUUCUUGCCUGGAAGAUGCGUCUUGGCGCCUCAAUCUCGUGCUUGAGGUUCUUAGAGAUCGGUGUGAACGGAAACGCUUUGAACGUCGGACUGGUCGAGGAAGAGGAUGAAAACUUCUCAAAAGCCUUCAUCAAAUUGAGGGACGAAUUCAACAUGCCAAGGCUGCAGCUCACGUUGACACUCACGGGCCACGACUUCCUCUACUAUGAUAAAGCGUUCCCAAAUCGUCAUUGUCUGAGCUUCUCUAUCGUGGAUGGCAAUGUGGGCCAAGCUCUGCAACAGUACGAGCAAGACUUGAAGAAGCUCGAGGAGAAUGCUCUGAGCGAGUAUUUGGGUGGAGAGCCUCCAUUUUGGCUCGACGCAUUCGACGCCAUGAAGACGGGACUCGCUCAUAUCGCUAAGAGAUUGCAAGAGAAAGCGUGA